AUGGCCGAAGUGGAUUCCCCCUCUGAACGAUUUGGCGUCUCCCGCGACCACCGCCUCUUUGUGCAGCAACCCCCCUGGGUGAGCUUUCCAGUUCCCACCCCCAGCCCCGGCAUCAUGCAUCGGACCACACGGAUCAAAAUUACGGAGCUGAACCCUCACCUCAUGUGUGCCCUGUGUGGAGGGUACUUCAUUGAUGCCACCACCAUCGUGGAGUGCCUGCAUUCCUUCUGCAAAACUUGUAUCGUGCGCUACCUGGAGACCAACAAAUACUGCCCCAUGUGUGACGUGCAGGUCCAUAAAACCCGGCCACUGCUGAGUAUCAGGUCUGACAAAACCCUUCAAGAUAUUGUGUACAAAUUGGUCCCUGGGCUUUUUAAAGAUGAGAUGAAACGGCGGCGGGAUUUCUAUGCAGCAUACCCCCUGACAGAGGGUCUUUGGUGGGGCUCCUCAUCUUCGGCCAACGCAUCUGAGCUGUGUCCUUUUGCAGUCCCCAAUGGCUCCAAUGAGGAUCGCGGGGAGGUCCUAGAGCAGGAGAAGGGGGCUCUGAGUGAUGAUGAGAUUGUCAGCCUCUCCAUCGAGUUCUAUGAAGGAGUCAGGGACCGGGAGGAGAAGAAGGGUCUGCUGGAGAAUGGAGAUGGGGACAAGGAAAAAACAGGGGUGCGCUUCCUGCGAUGCCCCGCAGCCAUGACCGUCAUGCAUCUCGCCAAGUUCCUCCGCAACAAGAUGGAUGUGCCCAGCAAGUACAAGGUGGAAGUCCUGUAUGAGGAUGAGCCCCUGAAGGAAUACUACACACUCAUGGACAUCGCUUACAUCUACCCCUGGCGGCGGAAUGGUCCUCUCCCUCUCAAGUACCGUGUGCAACCAGCCUGCAAGCGGCUCACCCUGCCCACUGUGCCCACUCCUUCUGAGGGUACCAACACCAGUGGGGCAUCAGAGUGUGAGUCAGCCAGCGACAAGGCUCCCAGCCCUGCCACCCUGCCGGCCACUUCCUCCUCCCUGCCCAGCCCUGCCACCCCCUCCCAUGGAUCUCCCAGCUCCCACUGCCCCCCAGCCACCCACCCUACCUCCCCUACUCCCGCUUCAGCAGCCAGUGGGGGCACCACAGCUGCCAACGGGGGCACCUCAAACUGCCUGCAGACACCAUCAUCCACCAGCAGGGGGCGCAAGAUGACUGUCAAUGGAGCUCCGGUGGCCCCCUUAACUUGAGGAAAGGGACCCUUUCUUUUUGCAGCCACCUCCUCUUCCACUUCCUCCACUUUUUCUGGGCCCUUUUUUUCCACCUCUUCUACUUUCCCCAGCUCCUUCCAUCUUAGGGAUGGGAGGCGGGUUUUAUAAAUAAAUCUAUAUAUAUAUGUACAUAGGAAAAACAAAAUAUACAUACUUAUUUUCUAUGGACAAACCAGAUUAAUUUAAAUGCCACAGGAAUCAAACUGUGUGUGUAUGUGUGUGUAUGUAUGUGUGUGUGUGUGCGCGCAUUGGGGAGGGGUGUUCAUUUUUUAGGAGGUCUUAUAUACUUUGCUCUGCUCUUUUUGGGGGUGCCUAGAGUGGUCUCCAGGAGCCACUAGAGGCUCAGUAAAUCCCUGCCCUGUUCUCCCUCUGCUUCUCAAGGCAGAUGGGGUGCUGGGGCUCCAUAGCCCCCAAAGCUUUAGCAUAGCUCUAGUCAGCUGGGUCUAGGACCCUUUCUGUUUAUCUACCCAUCUUGGCUGCUGUCCUGCUUAGUCCCUCCCGUUGUUGAAUGUCCAGAGAAUUGCUAAGACAGUGCCUUUUACAAGUGCAGUUUGUCCCCUGGUUCUAAGGAGCAAGUGGCAAGGGAAAAGACAACUCCCUUGCUUCUUCAUGCAGUGGAAACUUUGUGCAAAGAAUAGAUAGUUCUGUACUUUUCUUUCUUUCUUUUCUUUUCCUGUGUGGCCUUUGCUCAUUUAUCUUGUAGGAGAGAAGUUUCAGGCCACGGGGACCCCAGCCCCUGAAAGUCCCUAUGUGGCUUUGGCAUUGUGGGUGCUUCACCCUUCCUGCCCCAUUCUGGUCCAGGAUGGAGGUGAAGUCUCAUUUGGGACCUAAAGUAGAAGGGUGGGGUUCCCUCCAGACAAGCACAGACCCCAGGUUUUCCAAAAGACAACAGCCCUCCAGCCUUCCUCAUCUCUAGCUGAGCCCAGGACAGAGAUAUCUAGAAGCACAAGAAAGCAAAGUGCAAGCUCUGAUCCUAACUACCCCCAAAGGGUCAGCAGACCCCUUAAGGUCAGAUCCCUGCUGCCGUGGUUCUCCUCAACUGUGCAUGGACCAGAGGAGGCCAGACUCCAGCUGUGUCGGGGCUGGAGCCUCCGUGGUCUGUGCUUGCACCUCGUUCUGUGUCUGAGGUGCUGUGACUGUACCCUACCCCAGGACAUUUGUAUCUCUUGGCUUUGUAAUAAAUGCUGCAUACUC